ACGCCAGCAUUCUGCUGCCCGCGUCCUCAGCCAGCCAUGCUGGAGCAACUGAGCUCGCUGCCCACGCAAAUGGAUUACAAGGGCCAGAAGCUAGCUGAACAGAUGUUUCAGGGAAUUAUUCUCUUUUCAGCAAUAGUUGGAUUUAUCUACGGGUACGUGGCUGAACAGUUCGGGUGGACUGUCUAUAUAGUUAUGGCUGGAUUUGUUUUUUCGUGUUUGCUGACACUUCCUCCAUGGCCCAUUUAUCGCCGGCACCCCCUCAAGUGGUUACCAGUUCAAGACUCAGGCACAGAAGACAAGAAACCAGGGGAAAGGAAAGUUAAAAGGCAUGCUAAAAAUAAUUGAUCGGGGGUUUACAUGAUUCAGCUCUAUUGUUGCACCUGCUUUUGUAUCCUGUGAGAUGAGCUAAAUUUUCACAGCCAAAACACGAGCUAAAAACCACCAAUGCUCCUACGGUACAGCUGUUACAGAUUUUUUUUUCUCUUUAUAUUUCACUUCUUGGUUGGGCUUUGACUUGUAUAUAUUUUAGACCUCUUCAUAGUUUCUCUGAAAUGGAGAACAGAAAAUACAAGUAUGCAAAGUUUCUUUCAGGUCUACAAAAGUAAUAUGUGCUUCAUAAAUGGUAGUACAACUUAAUUAUCAAAGUUUUAUAAUUCAUUAUUAAGCUGUUCGAAUAUUUUCAAUUAAAACUCACAGUGCAAGUCUA